AAGACCCUCGCCCUCUCUUUUCUCUCUCCUAACCCCCACGGCGAACAUUAUUCAGAAGUAGUGGCCGUCGACGACACCGAAGACGGCGAUGCCGGAGUACGUGUACGCUCUUCACGACUUCCUUCCGGAGCACGAUGACGAGGUCGAGUUUCGUGCGGGAGAGCGGAUAGAGGUCGUUGAGAAGGACGAUUUGUAUGGCGAUGGAUGGUGGCAGGGCCGAAACUUGUCGGGCAAAGUCGGCCUGUUUCCCCGGUCAUACACCCAACCCGCCCCUCCACAACAGCCACAAUCCUCGCCGCCCCCCACUGCACCCACAGCCACAUCUACCGCCAGCGCUUCACAUCUAGCCCCGAUCGCCACCUCCGCCAACGGCGCGCGCACUCCAUCUCCCGAACCCGCCCAUCCUCCUACGAGUCCCGGCGGUCUGCAUUCCUUAGCAGAAGAAUCGGAGAACGAGUCGGUCGCGCCACCGAAAGUUUCGGUAUCUUCGGAUGGGACCGAUGAAGGGGCGGUGAUGCGGGAGACGAUGACGGAUGUGCAGCAGGCGAUUGAACAAUUGGGUCAGAGGCGGAAUAAUGGCGCUGGUGGACAUACGGAUGAUGAAGGUCGUUCGUUCACCUUCUCGUCCAUGCGCGAGUCGGAGUCGACGGAUCGUGAGUCAGAUAUCGAUAUGGAGUUGGAGACGGAGGGUGAUGAAGGUACGGAUGGGGAGGGAUGGAAUAACCAGAAGAACGUGCGGAAGAGGUUGGCAAAGAAGGUUAGCCGGGCAAACGAGGAGGAGAGGAGGGAGAGAGAAAGGGAGGCCCAAAUGGAGGUGGUGCGGGCGAGGGAGAGGGGGAGUAUCAUGGCGAGUCAUAUGGCUCCACCGAUUGAAGUGGAACUGAGCGACGAGAGCGAGGACGAGGGCGACGAUGAUCACCACCAUCGUGUCCACGAUCAAGAAGACAAGACGGAGCACGGGAGGGUUGCGAGUCAGAGGUCAAGCUCGCAGAUGAUUCCGGAGGAGGACGAGGACGAUCAUCUGCUCGCCGUUCCUACCGCAACCCGUGGAUCGUUCGGCACUCCUCGAGGCUCAGAGCCAAUCGUCCCUAGCGAAGAUUAUAUCGUACCCUCGCCAGGCUCUCACAAGACGGGUUACGAUGAGGUCCCUACCGCCACUCAAGCUUCCUUCCCCGUCGCUGCUCCCGCAUCCGAACGGACUUCCUCGCCGUAUCGAUCGGGUACGCUUCCUAGCCCAAUUUCACCAGGGUUUACGACCGGAACGACCACGGGAACCGGGACUGUUACGGACGAUAGCAGGCCGACGUCUACGCAGCCCUCCACAGCUUUCUCGAAAACGUUCUCCGUCGGCGAUAUCGAACCGAUCGCUACGCCCAUCCCCAUCAGUAGUACCGCCAACGCCCCUGGAGAGACCCCGGCCAGUACCCUCGCCGCCGCUGCCAACCUUCUUCCUUCGCCUGCCGCGUCUUCGGCGAUGGGACGUACGACCUCGCCCGUACAUAAAUCUGGCCUCGCGUUGUCACCUUCGAGUCCAGGGAGCGGAGGGCCCAGGACGGGUGGAUCUAGUGGUAUAGGCAGUGGACACCCGAGCGACUGGACGGUGGAUGAGGUCGUGGAAUGGUUGAGAGCGAAAGGGUUCGACGAAGGGGUUUGCGAGAAGUUCAUCGAGCAAGAAAUCACCGGCGACGUCCUCCUUGAACUCGACGUCAACCUCCUGAAAUCCGAAAUCGGCAUUCCAGCCUUUGGCAAACGCAUGCGUAUCGCCAACGCCAUCAUGGAGCUCCGUCGUCCACCAUCCGCUCUCUCCUCCAACCACGACACCAACUCCCAAAUCAACGGUGCUCCCGGUACCGGCAGCAGUCAAUUCAACGGCGCUGGCAACAACGGUUUCCGUGGUCACUCCCAGAGCCAGAGCCUCGCGAUGUCGCACUCCAGCGCGCCACAGAGCCUGAACAGUCCGUUCAUGUUGGCCAGUCCGAUCAGUGCGGGUUCAGGACCGGCGAGUGUAGGCGGAGGUGUGGUCGUGACUUCAACGGGGAGUCCUAUGGCAGCUGCGGGGACGAUUCCGGCGGAGAGCUUCAGUGCACCGAAUACGGGAUUGAUGGGUAUGGGCGCUGGCGAGUCGCCGAUGGGGAUGGGACUGGUGAGGAGGGAUUCAGAUCCGGGUGUCAGAGCGCCGGGACAAGGGCAGGACGAGGAUCAGGUCGGGUUGGGAUUGGGUAUACCGAGUGCGUUGUUGGCGGGGAAGAAUGGGAAGGGUCGGCCAUCUCAGUUGACGUUGAGCCCAAGCGAUAGCGCGCUGGGUGAAAGCGUGAAGGCGGUUGCGGGCGGUGCGUAUACGGCGGAAGAGAUGGAAGAUGACAGGGCUGUGGCCAGUGAGAACGAUGGGGACAAGAAGCUUAAGACUCGGAAAAGCAUGUUCGGUCGUUCAGGAUCCAAAUCGUCCAAAGACGGCGACUCGGCCAAAGAUCCCGUUACCCCCAACUCGAUCGCUACUCCCCAAGAGGACGGUUCCCCUGUUCAGCGGCGAACGAACGGCAGGAGACAAGGUAGCCUGGAUGCGAACAAGGGCAAUGAUCGAUUGAGUAUCUUCGGUGGUGCAUUCUCUGGGUCGUUGAGCAAGUCGAGGAAACCACCUCCUAGGUACUCUGCGAUGGUCGACAACGCGGAUCUUCAGCACGAGAAGAGCAACCCCUUCGCUCUUCUUGGCCGCAGCGGCAAGAAGUCGUCCUCCGGUAGGCCUUCCACGUCCGACGGGCACUCCACUCACAAGAAGAGCUUCGACCCUGCGGCCACUCCAUCGAAGAAAAGUCACAAGGAGAAGGACGAGAAGGCCUCUCGCGACUCGAAAGACUCGAAAGAACGUCCAUCCAAAGAGCAAGCCGUCCUUCGUCGUCGUACAUCGUCUCAGGUCUCGAGUCCCACGCGUGGUGGGAUUCCCAACGCGGCUGCGUCUGGUGCAGGCGCGGGUGCAGGUGUGGGUACGGGUACGGGUGCAGGUGCGGGUGCAGCUUCGGGCGGAGAGGGGCAGAAGGCGACGUUAAAGGCAGGCCAGAGUAUCUUGCAGCAGAUCGGGCAGCCUGAUCAUAAUGGGUGGAUGAGGAAGAAGGGCGAUAGGUAUAACACGUGGAAAUCGAGGUAUUUCGUGCUGAAGGGGCCACAUCUUUAUUGGUUGAGGAGUAAUUCCGCCUCCGAGACGAAGAUCAAGGGGUACCUCAACAUCGCUGGGUAUAAGAUCAUCACCGACGAGAAGGUUGACCCGGGCAAGUACGGCUUCAAGCUCGUCCAAGAGAACGUCACAACGCACUACUUCUCAUCGGAGGAGCAACUCGUCAUUCGAGAGUGGAUGAAGGCGCUCAUGAAAGCUACCAUCGAUCGGGAUUACACAAAACCUGUCGUUUCCUCCGUUAAUAUCCCCACGAUACCUCUUACCGUCGCUCAGGCUAUGAACCCAGCCCCAAGACCACCAUCACCUACCGCUCGCGCCGCCACUCAAAAGGCUCUUCGCCGCGAGAACACGAAUCAGCUCUCGACUCGUGACGCUCAGAUUCUCAUGAUGGGUGUUUCUGGUGACGCUACAGAUAACGGCAGCAAGAUGCGUCUCGAUUCUUUUUUCAACCAAAGCAGCGACACCGCCGGAACUCCAAUGCAACGAUCGACUCCUGCGCCACUCGGUGCGAGAGCGAUGACGCCUAAGGGACCAGCGAAAUCGCCGCCGCCUAUGAGUGUGCCCGCUCCGGCUCCUGCAAGGCCUUCAAGGGAGAUGAGAAGGUUGACCAGCGACGGCAGCAAUUUGAAGAUGGAUAAUGUCCCGACUAGCUCGAACUCGGUCGAAACGAAUCUCAUCGAAUGGGCAAACUCUCACCUCCCGCACUCCCUCAGGAUCUCCGAGACUACACCCGGCCCCUUAUACGGUGGUCUUGCCAUUCUCCGUCUCUCCGAGUCGAUCAAAGGACGUCCAGCAUCACCUCCCGUGCCCGACUCUGCCUUCCCCUCAGGCCCGAACGAUGACAAACUCGACGGUUUAUUCCGGUUGUUCGAUUUCCUCCUCGAUAACGACGUGAAGAUGGGGAGCGUUAGUAUCAACGACGUGAGAAUGGGAAAGAGAGACAAGAUCCUGCAGUUGUUGAAGGCGUUGAAGGCGUGGGAGGAUAAGCGAAGGCAAAUUGCGGAGAGCAUUGGUUCGGGGGCGAGUGGGCAGGCAGGACCGUUUAUGGCUCCCGUCUCACCGUGGGGACCGAUGUAAGUAGGCGCAGAGAUUUUCUGCGGCCAUGGACUACUUUGGCUCGGUUGGACUAGUUUCUUGGGUCAGGCUAAGGGGUGAGAGGGUCUGAAACAUUCUUCUUGGCUUUCUCCAGCAUAUACUCGUGUCGUAGUCACACUCAAUCGCACGCUCGUUCUAUCUCUGUCUUGAUUUCUCUUCAUCUUACUCCGUUUUUCCCUUCCUCUCGUUCGUCUCUGGUCUCUCCUCCUUUCGUUCGUCUUACGCGAUACGUCUCCUCCCAUCUUCUUCCCUCAUACGUUUCCCUCCGCUCUCCUUUUUCUUAUUUGAACGACCACUAUCCUCCCUUCGUCCUAUUCAUCGCACUCUGCUUUACAUUCCUCCCCUUCCUCCCCUUCCUCUCCGUCUCCUUUCUCGUCUAUCUCCUCACCUCUGUUUGCGUGGCUAUAAUCACGCAUUACUAUAGCACUAGGAGCUCAAUAACGGGCAUCUGUACGGACUUUUCAUUUGUGUAUCACUUAUCCCCUUCGGCACUCUUUUCUUGUAAGUUUCGUUUGCUGUCGCCUUAUCACCUCACAACAACAUCGGCCGUCGUGAUAGCCUGGAUACCUUGAAUAUAGUCGUACAUAUCUGCACUCAUCGUAAAUAGAACUGUGUGUUUU